AUGGAAGCGUCGGCAGAUUUCAUGCUGAAUAAUAUUGAUGAUGCAAAAAUUGUUUUCCAACAUUUACGAAUAGUUUUGAGGAAUUCUGAAAUAAGACUUCUGCUUAUGUCUUUCCGCAAUCAUACUUCAAGUGACUCCCCACAAGCUUUAUGUAAAGUGUUCACGAAAACCACCCUUGAGGCUAGUAAAGCAAUAGAAGGCAGAAAGGAAUGUGGAGCAGCAGAUAAAAUAACCAUGCAGUGCAGCUAUAAAUAUCAUCCUAUGAGGAUGUUCCACACAAAUAAAACCCCUUACAGCCAAACAACUGUGUGA